GCUGAUUAUUAUUAUGCUCCAAAAGCCCUUCUCUUUCUUUUCUCUCUCCUUUCGCAUUCCGUUUCGCCCCCAACGAAACACGCACUCACACACACAGACACGCACUCGCAAAUCAUCCACCGCCCGCCACCACCGCCCUCGAGCUUCGAGCCCACGUUCUUCUUAGCCCCAAAAUCACCUCUUUCUCUGAAUCAUUCUUCAGAUUUACAGAUGCGCGCGGCCGAGAAGGAAAUGGACGUAAAUUCGAUCCCUUGUGUGUGAGUUCGGCGCUAGCAUGCACCGCGUGACGGCGUGAUAACGUGGGAUUUGGGAGCUGGAGAUUUAUUUCGUUUAAUUUGGGUGAAGUUAGGCGAUAUGAUGGCGCAUCAAGAGGUGAGUGUGAAACGGGAGACGGUGGCGCCAUGCAUGACUUGCCCUCUCUGCCACAAACUCUUUCGGCAAGCCACCACUAUUAUCGAGUGUCUUCAUACUUUUUGCAGGAAAUGCAUAUAUGAGAAGCUCUCAGAUGAAGAAAUGGAGUGCUGUCCAAUAUGUGAUACUGACCUGGGAUGUGUUCCGUUGGAGAAAUUGAGGCCGGAUCACAAUUUGCAAGAUGUAAGAACAAAAAUAUUUCCCUGUAAGAGGAUAAAGGUGAACUCCCCUGAAGUGGUGACUCCUGUUGUGUUGCCUGCCAAGAGAAAGGAAAGAUCCCUCUCAUCAUUAGUAGUCAGCACCCCAAGAAUAUCAACCCACACUGGGAUGACUGGAAGGAGAUCAAAAUCAGUUGCAAGAAAACCAUCCAAGGGCUCCAGUUUCACCAUAGUUAAGAACAUUGUUGAUGAUCCUCCUGAGAGUUCUGGCUCACCAGAGAUGUUGAACAAAUUAACUCAGCAUAUUAGGCAGAGCUCUGCCGUGGACGAGCCAUCUAAUGACCCUUGUGGUAAUAUGGGAAGAGAAAAUCAUUCUGAACUUUGGGAUGGAAAACUUGAUAUCUGGAAACCUCUUACUUGUUUGGUAGAAGCAGCAAAUAGGAGCAAAUCUUCUAAGUCAAGCAUGCAAGGUUCUGUUGUUAAACUCGAGGACCAACGUUCUUAUGACAAUGAGGGUCCUCUGGGGACAAAUAAACAUAAGAAACACCGUAGGAAAUCAAAAGUCAAGGACGAGAAAAACAGCAGUGACAAUACACCUACGGAAUCUGAAAGACCUAAAAAGUUGCGGAAAAUCCGUCAGAAGGCACGGAAUUUUGGAGAAUUCAGGGUUCCACCCGAGGUGGUUGUGUUAGAUGCUGCAAGUGCUAAAUUAGAAAGAAAAAGCUAUCCGAUUUGGUUCUCCUUAGUGGCCUCUGAUGAGCUGAAAGGAGAUGCUCCACCUCUGCCUCAGAUUUCUGCAAGUUACUUGAGAAUAAAGGAUGGAAGCAUACCGGUUUCAUUUAUACAAAAGUACCUCCAGAGGAAGUUAGAUCUUACCAGUGAAGUUGAGGUUGACAUCAAAUGCAUGGGGCAAACAGUUGUCCCCUCAUUGCCCCUUAAUAACUUGGUCGAUCUUUGGCUUCGAAACACUAAUGGGGAGAUAGUCUCAGCAACAGUUGGCUCUUCCGCUAAGGAUUUUGUGAUGGUGUUGGGUUAUGCUCGCAGGCUAACCUGAUUCUUGACAGUGCUUUAUUCUUCCCCCAUCUCUGAGUUCACAUAUUAUUUAAGUUUCAUCAAAGGGAGCUGUUCGGUUCGGUGUUGUCUUUGUGAGCCAUACUCAGAGAGUUGUUGUGAAGCCAAUAAUGGGAAUGCGUGAUUCAUUAGCUUUCUAGGAUGAGUUUGAUUUGGUUAUGUAUGUUCUUAAAUCAUGAAUGUGGCAUGUUGUAUGUUUCAUUCCAGUGUUGUAAACUAUGACCCCUGUGGGAUUUACAUUUGAAUAUGUGUCUGAAUUGACUUGAGCUUGGUCCACUUGGACAUUUUGUACUAGAAAUGCUUUGUUUGUGUUACACAUUAGUCAUUUAGUCUACUAUAAAAGUUGCAUACUAGAAACCUGUGAUAAAAGGCAAUGGCCUCAU